AUGGUCUGUUCUAAUGGCUUACCUCUGUAUGAUUUUGCAGCAAAUGCAGCUUCUCUGCUCCUAUAUGCAGCACCCAUACUAACUUUUAAGAGGGUGAUAAGGAAGAGGAGCACAGAAGAGUUUUCAGGCGUCCCAUACAUCAUUGCUUUACUGAAUUGCCUUCUAUAUACAUGCAUUGGAUUAGUGGCCUCCAUAUCCAUGUACAGUUCUCCACUUGUAGCUAUGAAGCAAGUCAUAAAGACCAAGAGCGUGGAGUUCAUGCCUUUCUACCUAUCAUUCUUCUCCUUCUUUGCCAGCUCUCUUUGGAUGACAUAUGGAUUCUUAGGAAAAGAUCUUUUCAUUGCGGCACCUAAUCUCUUGGGCAGCCCCAUUGGCCUCCUUCAACUGGUACUAUACUGCUUGUACAGAAAAAGCAAGGAAGCUCACACAGAACCCAACAAAGUGGAUUUGGAAAUGAAUGGAGCGAAAUUUACAACACAACUACAGGAGGUUCAUGAAAAGAAACUUGAAAAUUGAAAAAAUAAUUUGUCCUUUUAUUAAGCAGAGUAUAACACAAGGGUCAUUUAUGUAUGCAUGCAAGUACAUGCAUGUCCUUGUGUAAUGUGUAGCACAUUAUAAUAAAUUAUGUGAGCUAGAUGGAUAUGGCUAUGGCACUUCAUAAGAAAUCUUAAUAACAUGGACAAGCGUUAUUCUGUUC